CGGCACCAUAACACUCCAAGUCAACACAGUGGUUGGAGAAGUCGGUCAAGGAGGCUCUAUCAUUCCAGCCAUGCCAGCCACAUCCCAAACAUCCUCACUCAUGCUGUCAGAAGGUGCCACCACCAGCGUGCAUGGCGCUUCUCACCAGAGCGCUUCUCACCAGAACCAGGCUCUUCCUAUGUCACCACUUGCUGCCUGCUCUGUUGAUAUCCAUGCCUCCAAUGCCUCCCCGGUCAGGCCUACCUUACCUGCAUCUGAUGCGCCGCAGACUCCACAGAGUGUGAAGAGCACAGCUAAUUACAAGGAUAAGUCUGAAAAUCCUGCUGUGAAGCCUUCUAAGAGUGCUCUGGUGCCACAGAAGACAUCCACUAGGAAAAGGUCCCGUUCAACAAGCAAAGGAAACGUGGCCAAGAAACUCCUCAUUGAUGAUGAGGCCGAGGAAGACGACGGUGGCAGCAGCGGGGGUGCGGCCUCUGCUGAUUAGCAAAGCCCCAGCAAGGAAGCAUGAGCAGACAGGCUCGUGCUCAUUUUGCCGCUCCAUGUUGCAGCCAACUUUUGGGUGUCUUUAGUCUGUGUCGACGCAUCAUCUUCGUCGGCAUGUGCCUGCAACAUGUGUAGCGUUUUGGUUAGAUUUCUCUUCCAAAGACAAUUCAAGUUAGUAUCAAAAGCUACCGGCUAGGCUGCUUGGUAGCUACUGAUACUGGUUAUACCAUUUAUGGUGAUCGAAUGUGCUCUAGCUAUGAUGUCCUUGAUGCCAGACAGAUGCCAAAAAAUGGUAGGAUAGUUAGGUGAUCGGAUGUGCUGUAAUCUUAUGUUUCAAAUUGCCGGAUGGACACCUCAGAUCUUAUCGGUAGGGUAGCCCAGCUGAAUGAAUGUGCUGUAAUAUUCAUCGUUUAAGUGCCGAACAAACACAUAGGCAAGGUGGAUGCAUGUGUUGUGAUGUUAAUAGUCUAAA